UAGCGCGUAAACGGGACUUUUAUUUUGAUAUGGCGAUGUGACGUCAUAGAGCAGCGCCGUACUCCUGGGUCUGUUGUGGUUCAUCUGAAGAAAGUGUCCAAAAACUCCUGGAGAAGCAUCUGAGAUCCAUGUGACACACUAUUAUAAAGAUGGCGUUGAUUAAAGAGGAGAGUGAAGAUGUGAAGAUUGAAGAAACGUUCAGAGUGAAACAUGAAGAGACUGAGGAACAAACAGACCUGAUGGCGCUGAAAGAGGAGAGUGAAGCACUAGUUGAAAUGGAAGAGCAAGAUGACUCUGAGAAGAGCUCAGAAGAAAGAGCUCAGAAGACCAAAUCUAACAGUAACUUCACCUGCCAUCAGUGUGGAAAUAGUUUCACUGAAAAAGGAAGCCUUAAAAGCCACAUGAGAGUUCACAGUGGAGAGAGGCCGUACACUUGCCCUCAGUGUGGACUGAGUUUCAGGCAUAAAAAAAACCUUUAUACCCACAUAAGAAUUCACACAGGAGUGAAGCCUUUCACAUGCCCUCAAUGUGGAAGAGGUUUUACACAUAAAGGAAGCCUUAAUGACCACAUGAGAAUUCACACUGGAGAGAAGCCUUUCCCCUGCCAACAGUGUGGAAAACAUUUCACUCAAAAACAGAACCUUACGGUCCAUAUGAGAGUUCACACCGGAGAGAAACCGUACACAUGCCCUCAGUGUGGACACAGUUUCAGGCAUAAAAAAAACCUUUAUACCCACAUAACAAGUCACACUAGAGAGGCCGCUUUCAGCUGCAAACUGUGUGGGAAGAACUUCUCAAGUAAAGAACUUCAUAAUGCCCAGAUAGGACCUGAUACUGGAGAGAGUGUGUCGACCUGCCAACAGAUAUGCCAACAUCUGUGCUCAACGUGGACAAAUUGUCAUGCAUAAAAAGCCCUUACAGGGUUCCCUUGUGUCCUGAAAAACUUGGAAAACUAAUGACUAAUUUUUCAGUCCUGGAGAACAUGUAAAAUAUAUGAAAAUGUAAAAUGUCCUGGGAAAUUAUAUUAAAAAUGUUCUUGUGUUUUCCUUUAGCAGAGAACAAAGAGUUUAUCACUCCCUAAAACAAUAAAUGUAGCACAAAGUGUUA